GGACCGAGACAGAAAAAGGAACAUACAGAAUUCUUGUGAGGAGAAAAAGCAAAUCUCUGUCAGGAAGUGAUCUGCUUUUCUAUUUGGCAUAAAGGGAAACAAAAACUCUCGGAAGCACGGUGUGAGCUGGCUAAAAAUGGUGUAGAACCUGCAAGGGCAGCAGAUGGCAGAUUGUGUGAGUAAAGUUGAACUGUGUGUCUGCUGUGAGAACUUAUUGGACAAAGAUAUUACUUCCAAAUCAGAUCCGCUGUGUGCAUUGCUUAUGAAUGUUGGUGGAAAUCAGUGGGCUGAGAUUGAUCGCACAGAGAGGGUUAAUAACUGUCUCUCUCCAAAGUUUGCGAAGAAGUUCCUGAUAGAUUACUGCUUUGAGCAGGUCCAGAAACUGAAGUUUGGAAUUUAUGAUAUUGACAAUAAAACCAUUGAUUUGAGUGACGAUGACUUCCUGGGAGAACUUGAAUGUACUCUGGGGCAGAUUGUCUCCAGCAGAAAACUGACUAGACCUCUUGUUCUGCGAAAUAGAAGACCAGCAGGAAAAGGAACUAUCACGAUUUUUGCAGAGGAGGUGAAAGAUAACCGGGUGGUAAAUUUUGAAGCUCAAGCACGGAAUCUGGAUAAUAAGGAUUUCUUCGGGAAGUCUGAUCCUUAUUUAGAAUUCUACAAACAGACUGAGGAUGGAAGAUGGCAAAUGGUGCAUAGAACAGAGGUAAUAAAGAACAACCUGAAUCCAAGUUGGAAACCUUUUAGAAUCCCUUUGCGAUCUCUGUGUAAUGGUGACUUACAGAGGUCUAUCAAGGUGGAUUGCUAUGACUAUGACAAUGAUGGAUCACAUGACCUAAUUGGAAUAUUUGAGACUAAUAUGACUAAGCUACAAGAAGCAUCCUACAGCUCGCCGGCAGAGUUUGAAUGUAUUAACCCAAAGAAGAAACAGAAAAAGAGAAGUUACAAAAACUCAGGAAUAGUGAGUUUUAAAUUAUGCCAGAUCGUGAAAGAGUAUACAUUCCUGGAUUACGUUAUGGGUGGCUGUCAGCUGAACUUUACUGUUGGCAUUGAUUUCACAGCUUCUAAUGGAGAUCCACGUACACCCAACUCUCUACAUUUUAUACAUCCCAAUGGAUUUAACGAAUACCUGAUGGCAAUCUGGUCCAUUGGAAUAAUAAUUCAAGACUAUGAUACAGACAAAUUAUUCCCUGCAUUUGGAUUUGGUGCACAAAUACCCCCUACCUGGCAGGUAUCACACGAAUUUCCACUUAACUUCAACCCUGAAAACCCAUUUUGCGGAGGGGUGCAGGGGAUAGCUGACGCCUAUCGCAGUUGUCUUCCUCAAGUCAAGUUAUAUGGACCCACGAACUUCUCUCCAAUAAUAAACCAUGUGGGAAGAUUUGCAGCUGCAGCAGCACAGCAGCCAAAAGCUUCACAAUAUUUCAUCCUGUUGAUCAUAACAGAUGGAGUGAUAACAGAUUUAGAUGAAACAAGACAGGCCAUUGUGAAUGCUUCUAAAUUGCCAAUGUCCAUCAUCAUUAUUGGUGUUGGUGGUGCAGAUUUCAGUACCAUGGAAUUUCUGGAUGGUGAUGAUGGUGUUCUCAGAUCACCAACAGGAGAAGUAGCUAUCCGAGAUAUAGUCCAGUUUGUGCCUUAUAGGAAGUUUCAAAACGCACCCAAAGAGGUUCUUGCACAAAGUGUACUGGCUGAAUUACCUCAGCAAGUGAUGUGCUACUUCAACUCACGCAAACUCUGUCCUCCUAUUGAGCCAAGUUCCUAAAUAUCUGAAUGUGUGAUCUGACUUCAGUGCUUAAUCUACAAAUACAUUCACUGGAGUGCGGAAUUCUUCAAUCCUGCCAGUAUUAGCCACUAAACUUAUUUUUUAUGAUGUAUUUUUUAGUUAAAAAUGUUUCAAAUGCUGAUGAAUUUAAACUCGUUUCCAUCUUAACAUUAUGAAUAACUUUGAUAAAACAAUAUCAUGAAAUUUGACUAGGUUAAAUUGAUCAGCAACAGGUCAUUCAAUUUAUUAAAUAUCUAGAUUGUGGUACCUCUUGUUUCCUCUGUUGUUUCUGCUUUUUAGCCCAAUCCUGUAAAUUGUUUCCAUUCUGUUGAAAGGUCAAACUUGGCUAUUUUAUAAAUGCGGAAAGCUACUUACUGGUUUUAUUUCAGACCUCCAGGCAUUGCAGUCUUUUGUUUUAAAAUUUAGCUACAUAUUUCUAAGUUAUUCUAUUGAUGUUUUAUUAUUUUUUAUAACUUUUUCCUUUGGAAAUGUUCCAUUAUAUUUUUAGAUUGGGGCCAAAUACUUACAAAUGAAAUAGCUGCUGUUAUUAAAUAAUUGAGAUUGGUUAGAGCUUUCAUAUUUUAGCAAUAUUAAAAUGUUUAAUUGUAAAAAGAAAUAGUUGAAUAAUCAUUUUUAAGACAUACUAAAUGAUAAAUCCAGAGUAAGUUAUAUUAUGCACUUAAUAAAAAGGAUAUAAACCUACCUUUCCAUGACAUACAUUUUUGUUGUAUGAAGAGUAUACUGUGUUAGUCACUUGAACUUUGGCAGUUUAGAAACAGCUAGUGAAUACAAAAUUAUAACUUGAAUUUAAAAUGACAGCAAUAAAAUAUGGAAUGGAUCUUCUUAAGCCUGUCAAUAAGUCAUCAUCUCUGUAUUUAUCUUUCAAUUAAAUGAUCAUCUUCCACAA